AUCGACAAUUUCUCACGACCGCGAGCUCCCAGUGUUCGUCGGCGAAACGAGCACUCUCCGAAACCUCUGAUUCACAACGCGGCCACCUUCCCGCUGCAGAUUGACGAGGAACGUACACCUACAGAUCUUGCAUCUUCGAGAGAUAGAGGAUUCUCAACUUCUUCUUCACAAUCUGCGGCGAACGUUUCGGCUCAUCCUCUCAGGCCGUCGCCUUCAAUACCUGAUUACGGUGCUCCGGAAUCGCUAUACUCUCGACAACGGAAUCUGAACAAUCCGGCAUAUAGACAAAGAAGAGACAUCAGUAGACCGGAUAGCAAUUACUCUGCGCAUCGAAGGGAACCUAUUUCGCGGCCAGGCUUCGACGAGGAAGAGGUCCGGGCAAGCUUUCGCUCAGCCUUAACCACGAACUCCAGCUUCCUUGGCACCAGCGGGACGGAACGAAGCAGUGUCUUGACAAAAAGCAGUUCAGCGACAUCUAUCUAUGGGCGAGACGAGGGGAUGAGUGUGGAUGAUGCGAUUGGGAUGUACGAGGGAGGAUUCCAAACCGACUCUGGUAUUGAGGAUAACUACGGACCCCGACCAAUAACGGCAGACUCGGAGAAGAAGAGGAUAUCUGGUCUAGAGGAGGCGAUGAAUGAUAUGCUUAUGGUGCCACCAUCUAAUGUAAUAAUGAGAGAUUCUGCGCAGAUAUUCAAUACAAGAGGGAGAGGGACCCCAAGCCCAGAAAUGGGUUCUAGGGAAGAGAAGCUGGAUGUCCAGGAAACAUAUUUUGAGCCACCACCACCAAGUCGGCCUGUAACAAGAGCUGCUACCCAACCAAUUGACGAGACAAGAGAUCGGUACGGGUUUAAGAAGAAGAGUCAACAUAUCUCUUGGGAGCAGUAUGAAGCUUGGAACGGGCCUUACAAGGAACACCUAGCUCGGCGGUGGAAGAAAUGGGUCGCUCUUAUGAAAGACGCUGGUCUACCCUCUGACCGUCCAGAACGCUUCCCUCCGCAAUCAGCCAAAGUCAAGCGUUUUGUGCGGAAAGGCAUACCACCAGACUGGAGAGGUGCUGCUUGGUGGUACUAUGCUGGUGGUCCAAAAAUGCUUGCCUUGCAUCCUGGCGAGUACAGUAAUCUGGUUCAAAAGGCCGAGGCUGGAGGUGUCAGUGAAACAGACGACGAGAUCAUUGAGCGGGACCUGAAUCGAACGUUUCCAGACAACGUCAAAUUCAAACCAGAUCCGCCGCCUGGUGCAGCUCGAGAUAGUGUGCGGUCUAUCAAGGAACCGGAAACUCCUAUAGUCCAAUCUCUGAGGCGGGUGCUGCAAGCAUUCUCGAUUCAGAAUCCGAAAAUUGGGUAUUGUCAGUCAUUGAAUUUCCUGGCUGGCCUUUUACUAUUAUUCAUGGAUGAGGAGAAGUCUUUCUGGAUGUUGAACAUCAUAACUCGAGUUUAUCUUCCUGGCACUCACGAAUUGAACCUCGAAGGCGCCAACGUUGAUCUCGGUGUUCUGAUGUCUAGCAUUAAAGAUAACAUGCCAGGCAUCUGGGCCAAAAUUGGCGGCGAGCUUGAUGGAUCUUCAGUCCCACAUUCACAUCUCCGACUUCCUCCAAUUACCCUCUGUACAACAGCUUGGUUCAUGUCCUGCUUCAUCGGCACUUUACCAAUCGAGAGUACCCUUCGAGUAUGGGAUUGUUUCUUCUAUGAAGGAUCGAAGACCCUGUUCCGAAUUGCAAUGACCAUCUUCAAGCUGGGUGAGCAAGAGAUCAAGGCUGUUAGUGAUCCGAUGGAGAUCUUCCAGGUUGUACAAACCAUCCCAAGGCGACUCAUCGACUGCAACACGGUCAUGGAAACUUGUUACAAGCGACGAAAUGGCUUUGGCCAUCUCAGCCAAGACACGAUCGAGAAGGGCCGCGCAGAACGAAGAAAGGGUUAUGCUGAAGAGCGG